AUGUCAACCUCCAAAAUGAACUUGAAGCUUCUUGUUGAUGCAAAGCGCAACAAAGUUGUCUUUGCUGAAGCAGGGAAAGACUUCGUUGAUUUCCUUCUGAACCUGCUUGUUUUGCCUGUGGGUACUGUCAUUCGGCUCCUCCAAAAAUCAACAACGUCGGUAGGCUGCAUAGCAAAUCUUUAUUACAGCCUUGAAAAGCUGAAUGAAUCCUAUCUGCAGCCUAACCAAAACAAGGAUUCACUUUUAAAACCAACCAUACCAGCCCAAGUCACCAAUCCAAAUAUCUUGAUUCCUGGCACAAAUAAAAAACCUGAAGACCGUAAGCUAUUCUAUUGCCCAGGCCAUCCCAGGUAUGUGUCCGAUAUUCAGAACUCUGUUUGCGGUCACUGCACAUCACGACGCAAUCGCGAAGUGAAAUUUGUAGAUACAAAUUGUUCCACCCCAACAGAUAAACCAAACUGUGAUCAGAGAGGGUAUGUGAAGGAUUUGGUUACAUACAUAGUGGAAGAUGAUCUGUCAGUGUCUCCAAUGUCAAUGAUAGCCGGUGUUGAUCUGCUAAACAAGUUCAAUACUACGGAUUGUAGUGUUCUUGAGGAAAGGGUUGUCGAGUUUGGGAUUAGGUCUGGAAUUGUUGAAGGCUUCUCUUUUGUCAAAAGGUACGAGGUAGCCAACUUCGGAAGUUACAAUGAUGAUGCUCAUGUUACGAACUACGAUGAUGACGAUGACGACUAUCACUGGCGAAGACGAAUAUUAUUGCGAAGGAUUUGA